UAGGGUUAGGGUUGAGAAGGAGAAGGGGCAAUGGCGGACGAGAAGCUUGGUUCCAGAGGACAGGCUUGGUUUUGCACCACUGGGUUGCCAAGCGACGUCGUGAUAGAGGUCGAACGCAUGAGCUAUCAUCUCCACAAGUUUCCAUUGAUGUCGAAGAGUAGAAAGCUUCACCUUCUGAUAACCGAGCACGAGAAAGAAGAGGACGAUGAUGGAGAGAUCGAAGAAGAGGAACUACACCACAUCAAGCUCUCUGACUUCCCCGGAGGCGCUGAGACCUUCGAGGCCGCCGCGAAAUUCAGCUACGGUGUCAAGAUCGAGCUCACCGCCUGGACCGCCGCCCCGCUCCGCUGCGCCGCAGAGUACCUCGAGAUGACGGAAGACUUCUCGGAGGACAACCUGAUCUCCCGCACAGACCGAUUCAUCGCUCAAUCAGUCCUCCGGAACAUCAGGGACUCGAUCAAAACCCUAAAAUCCUGCGAAAAUCUCAUGCCACUAGCGGAGGACCUCGGCAUUCCCCAGCACUGCGUGGAUGCCAUCGCAGCAAAAGCCUCCGCCUCCCCAGAUCUCAACUCCCUCUUCGGCUGGCCAAUCAGAGAACGCACAGAUCCCAAGGCCAUUCUCUGGAACGGGAUCGAAGUCGGUGGCCGCCGGAAAAGCGAGAUCCGGCAACCGGAACCAUGGUUCGAGGACCUCACGAUGCUAAGCCUCCCUAUCUACAAACGCGUGAUCGCCGCCAUGAAAGCUCGGGAUCUCAACCCCGAGGCGAUCGAAGGAUCACUGAUCUCCUACGCAAAGAGCUCGAUCCCAGGCCUCUCACGCUCCAGCCGUAAGCGCGCGGGUGCGGCGGCGACGCCGCCAUUGUCGUCGGAGACGGAGCAACGAGAGCUCCUGGAAAUCAUAAUUACGAAUCUAACCUCCGAGAAGAGUUCGAGUCUGAUCACCACCCAGUUCCUCUUCGGCCUUCUGAGAACCGCCAACAUCCUCCGUUCACCGGCUGCCUCGAGAUCCGCACUCGAGAAAAAGAUCGGCGCGCAAUUGGAAAACGCCACGCUGGACGAUCUUUUGAUGCCGAGUUACUCGUACCUCGUCGAUAUGUUGUAUGACGUGGAGUGCGUGGAUAGGAUCGUGGGGUACUUCGUAGAGCGGCAAGAGGGGACAUCGGCGAUUAUUCACGCCGAGGAGGUGGUCGGGUCACCGCACAGUGAGAAUACCGCGAUGAUCGCGGUGGGGAAGUUGAUGGACGGGUAUCUGGCGGAGAUCGCAUCGGACGCGAAUCUCAAAGCGGAUAAGUUUUGUGAUCUGGCGCUGUCGUUGCCAGACCACGCCCGUGUCUACGACGAUGGGCUAUAUCGCGCCACUGAUCUCUAUCUCAAGGCGCAUCCGGGGCUGAGAGAGGACGAGAGAGAGAAGGUGUGCGGCGUGGUGGACUGCCAAAAGCUAACACUAGAGGCAUGCACACACGCGGCGCAGAACAAUCGCCUCCCUCUUCGUGCAGUAGUGCAAGUGCUUUUCUUCGAGCAGCUUCAGCUCCGACGAGCCGUCGCCGGAACAAUAAUCGCUGCAGACGUGGCCAGCAGCGAGCCACAAGCGGCGAGGUCGGAGGAUAGUGUUAGUGUAGUAGCGGAGGGGGAGACGUGGAGAUCAGCAGUGAGAGAAAACCAGGUUUUGAAGCUGGAUAUGGACAGCAUGCGAAGCCGAGUGCAUGAGCUCGAGAGGGAGUGCACGAGAAUGAGGCGCGCGCUGGAGAGGAUGGGCUCUGGUGCGGGCGCUGCGCGCGCUGGAGCGCUCGGUGGGAUUGCGCGCAGGCUCGGGUGUCGGUUUGCCACGCAAGUGUGUGACUCUCGUGAGCGUACGGUUGUUCAACCAAGAAAGACCAAGCAGUGAAUGGUCAAGAAAAUGUUUGGUUGUCCUUGGAAUGGCAUCAUUGCUCUUGUA